AUGGAUGGGAAGCUUACAAAGCAAUCUUUAAAUAUGGUGAAAAUGGAACAAAGACUUGAAGAGCUUGAAAAUAUGAUGAAGGAAAAAGGGAAAUCUAUUGCUGAGCCUGCAGCUAAGGACACUUCAGCAACUUCAAGUCCAGCACCAGCAGAGGAGGCUGCUGAAGGCCUUGCCUUCCAAGUUGAGAGUUUUACAGGCCCUGUACCUCAAGAUAAAGAUGUUGAACCAAUGAUUGACCCUGAAGUUGAGCUUGAGAAGGAAAAAGAGUCAGAUAAGGGGACUGAAGUUCUUGGAUCUCUUGAUGACACACCUCCACCUAUUCAAGAUCCACAACUAGAACCUCAACCAUUUCCUCCAUAUUCUGAAAAGGUUUCAAUCAUGGGUCUUUUUCAUCAAAUGGUUCAUGAGGAGCAAGCUAAGAAAGAAGCAGCUAAAGUAAAAACGCAGCAAGCCACAUCUGUACCAGUACAAACAACAGAGAAGCAAAUUAGGAAAGAAAAGGAGAAAACUACUACAGCUCCACAAGUCAAAUCAAAACCACCUAGUAAAGGCAUUAAAAAAAUGGCAACCAAGACCAAUUUCCUCAAAAGGAGAAAAUCUUCCAAAAGUGUUGAGAAAGCUAGACCAUCAACUAUCUCUUCCCCUCAAGAACCCCUGGAAGUUUCUGAUAAAUCCUCACCUGAACCUUCACCACAAAAAUCACCACCAGAACCUUCUCCUGAACCCCUUAAUGUAAAAUAUUUCACUGAUGAAUCCUCUCCCUCAUCCUCUUGA